AGGAGGAGGAGAGCUGAAGGCAGGAACUUCUGUCCCACUGCAGAGCGUCCUAUCUGACAGCUGCGCUCUCCAGCCCACGCUGCACCACCUCUGUAUCGCUUCGCUUUUUUUGGGAACUAUUCGGCCAUUUUUACCCAACAGGCUCCAUCUUUUCUGCACUCAACCCCUUUUUUUCUUUCUUUUUUUUUUUUUUUUACUUUACCCCAUUUUUUUGUCAUUUUCUUUUUUCCUUUCCGGGGCUGUCCAUCGGACUAGAUCAGGUGAUGGCCUUCCUCGGGAGCGCAGUCCGCCGCCUGGUGUCAGCAGUGCGACCUCCUCUGAGCCCACUAUGCCGGACGAGCUCUCGGUCCUACAGCACGGAACACACCAGUGAAAAAAGCGUCCCCUAUGAGAAGACACUAAAGCAGGAGGAAGGAACCUCCUCCGGACCCACUAAGCCUUUACCAAGGUCAGCUGAUGCGGUGGUGAUCGGAGGAGGCAGUCUCGGCUGUCAGACCGUCUACCACCUGGCCAAAAUGGGGAUGACCAACGUGGUUCUGCUGGAGAGAGACAGACUGACCGCUGGCACAACCUGGCAUACCGCCGGCCUGCUGUGGCAGCUCCGUCCCAGUGACGUGGAGGUGGAGCUCCUGGCCCACACCAGGAACGUGAUCAGCAAGGACCUGGAAGAGGAGACGGGCCUCCACACCGGCUGGAUCCAGAAUGGAGGACUUUUCAUCGCUUCCAACAAGCAAAGACUGGAUGAAUACAAGCGCCUCAUGUCGCUUGGUAAAGUUUAUGGCAUCGAGUCCUACGUUCUGUCCCCUGCGGAGACUAAGGACCUUUAUCCACUGAUGAACGUUGACGAUCUGUACGGAACUCUGUAUGUUCCCAAAGAUGGCACCAUGGACCCCGCAGGCACCUGUACCACCCUGAGCAGAGCUGCUUCAGCCAGAGGAGCCACGGUGAUUGAGAACUGCCCCGUGACCGGUAUCCAAGUGCGGACAGACGACCUCGGGGUCAAGAAGGUUAAGGCGGUGGAGACCCCUCAUGGGACGAUCGAGACACCUUGUGUGGUGAACUGUGCAGGUGUGUGGGCCACCAAGCUUGGUGAAAUGGCUGGAGUCAAUGUUCCUCUCAUUGCAAUGCAUCAUGCUUAUGUGGUGACAGAGAGGAUAGAGGGUAUUCAGAACAUGCCAAAUGUCAGGGACCAUGACGCGUCGGUGUACCUGCGCCUCCAAGGUGACGCUCUGUCUGUGGGUGGUUAUGAACAAAAUCCCAUCUUCUGGGAGGAGGUGUCGGAUAAGUUUGCCUUCAGCCUGUUUGACCUGGACUGGGACGUAUUUAUGCAACAUAUCGAGGGAGCUAUAAAUAGGGUUCCUGUUCUGGAACAGACUGGCAUCAAGUCCACUGUCUGUGGACCGGAGUCUUUUACCGCUGACCAUAAGCCACUGAUGGGGGAAGCGCCAGAAGUUCGAGGUUUCUUCCUGGGCUGUGGCUUCAACAGUGCUGGUAUGAUGCUGGGAGGCGGUUGUGGCCGAGAGCUUGCUAAGUGGAUCAUACAUGGCCGCCCUGAAAAUGACAUGUACGGAUAUGACAUCAGGCGUUUUCACAGUUCGCUGACAGACAACACUCGCUGGAUCAGAGAGAGGAGCCAUGAGUCAUAUGCAAAAAACUACUCAGUGGUGUUUCCCUUUGAUGAGCCACUGGCCAGCCGUAACAUGAGGAAGGACCCUUUCCAUGAGGUGCUGACAAAGGAAGGUUGUGUGUUUCAAGAGCGACACGGCUGGGAGAGACCCGGCUGGUUCAACAAGGACGGACCUGCUCCUGUUAAAGACUAUGACUAUUACGGCGCUUACAACAUUAAGAAAAACGAGAACUACGAAUACAAAGACCUCCUGGGCAAAGAGUACACCUUCGACUUUCCCCCGCAUCACGAUGUGAUUAAGAGCGAGUGUCUCUCGUGUCGAAACGACGUGGCCGUGUUUAACAUGUCCUACUUUGGGAAGUUCUAUCUCACCGGACCAGACGCCAAGCAAGCAGCCGAUUGGCUCUUCUCGGCCGAUGUCAACAAGAAGCCAGGUUCCACUGUGUAUACAUGUAUGUUGAAUAAAAGAGGAGGGGCGGAGGCUGACCUAACAGUGAGCAGGCUGGAGCCGGGUGCUGCCAAGCUGCCACUGGCACCAGAAUCUGAUGGUGAUGCAUACUACCUUGCCAUCGGCGGCGGUGUCGCAGAACACAACUGGAACCACAUUAAAGCAGUUAUUCAGGACCGGGGCUUCCGAUGCCAGCUCACAGACCACUCCGAAGACAUGGGGAUGAUCAGCAUCCAGGGACCUAAGAGCCGCAAAGUAUUACAAGAAGUUUUGGACACAGACCUGAGCAACGAAGCGUUUCCCUUCUCUACCCAUAAACUUGUGAAGGCAGCAGGACAUCAGGUGCGAGCGAUGCGUCUGUCAUUCGUUGGAGAGCUCGGCUGGGAGCUCCACAUUCCCAAAGACUCCUGUGUUCCCGUCUACCGAGCUGUCAUGGCCGCCGGCGCCAAGCAUGGCGUCAUCAAUUCAGGCUACAGAGCAAUCGACUCGCUUAGCAUAGAGAAAGGGUACAGGCACUGGCACGCUGACCUUCGGCCCGAUGACACGCCUUUGGAGGCUGGGCUUGCCUUCACCUGCAAACUGAAGAGCUCCAUCCCGUUCCAGGGCCGGGAAAGGCUGGAGAAACAGAAGGAAGAGGGGCUGAGGAGGCGCAUCGUCUGCUUCACCAUCGACGAGAAAGUACCAAUGUUCGGUCUGGAGGCCAUAUUCCGCAACGGCGUCCCCGUUGGUCACCUACGGCGAGCCGACUAUGCCUUCUUCAUUGACAAAACUCUUGGUUACGGAUACAUCCGCAACCCCGAUGGAGGAGUGGUGAGUGCCGAUUUCAUUAAAACCGGCGACUUCACGCUGGAAAGGAUGGGAGUGACAUACAAGGCCAAGGCCCACCUCAAAUCUCCUUUCGACCCUGAAAACAAACGUGUGAAGGGAAUCUACGUGUGACCGCCAAUGUGAAAGCUGAAGUAAAACCAUUCUGGUUAGAGAAUGGUACGCAACCUGCCGCUGCUCCACAUUCAGCUGUGAAUUACAGUGACAUAUUUCUGCCUUUUUACAAGGUUUCUCAAAUUUGAAUUUUUUUUUUUUUUUAAUGUGUCAUUUUAGGAGGCUGAGCUUGACGUUUUAGAAAUUCUGCUCAUUUUCAAAUCAUUUAAUGGUAUAAACUCAAAGCAGAUACAAUCCGGCAUCGCUGUACCCCAACCCGUGAUUGUGUAAGAUUAUUAGUAUAAAAUUCACAUCAGGUAAAGACUUUCCGUUAGAUCCCAUUUCUUUCUACGGCUAAAUAAACUUUCCUAUUGCCAUAGCAAACAAAAGUAACUGAUCUGAAUAAUCCUUUUUUUUUUUGUUUUUGUCAAACUAAACAUUCAUUAGGGAAUCUUGGUGUGUACAUUUGCAUGUAGGAUUUUAAAGACUCCCUUUUAACUUUGAAUGUCUUACUUUUCUGGCAGCUCUCUUUGCAUUGAGCUGGUCAGCAGAAUGUAUGAUCAGGAUCUUAGAUGUGUGUCCGUGUUGUGAGGUUUUAUGUGAAGCACUGACAGUGGUUGUCUUUAACCAAAGAGGCCUUAAAAGGGCUCAGAAAAAGAGAUUAUCCUUGUUUGUGUGUUUUUACUCAAAGUAAAUCCCAUGCUGCAGUUUCCACGGUAAUGGGGGGGAUUUUAUUCUAAUUUGGUUUUAAAUUAAGAG